UUAAGGUCUUGUUUUGAUUAAAUUCAAAUAUUUACAUUUCUAUUAAUCCCCCAUGCCGGUCUUCAUUUUUAGCUGUACUUCAUUGGUUGUGCCAUAUUAUUUAUAUUACAUUCUUAAAGAUAUGCAUCAAUAUUCUUGAUUUUUUUUUUUUCAUAUAUAAGUAAGUGUGAAAAAUUUUGUGACAUAUUUUUCGCUAAUAUUAGCCACUAACUGUUCUGCUGGUUGGCACAGAUAACCCUUUAUUAUUACUUAAGAUUUGGUGUCACUUGUAAAAUGUUCUGUGGCACAAAUGUCAAAGGCCUCUGGUAAUCUUAUCCUGGAAAUAUUUUAGUUUGUGUGUGUGUGUGUAUAUUUUGUUUACUAAAACACGACGGACACAAAGCUUCUCAUGCAGAUGCUAAGCUAACUAGCCACUAGCUGUCAGCUUCUGUCUCUGUUUUGAUGUCACUUGAGUGUGUUUGUUUUUACCAGUUAGGUUCCUCAAUGUACUUUUGUUUUUCCUAAACGAGUGAAUUAAAUGAGGAGUUCUGCACUCUCAUCGCUAUCGUAAAAUAAUCCUUAGUGGCCAAUUAGCUUCUAUUUCUCUUUGUGUAUUUGGUGUUAUUUGUAGAAUUUUGUGUGGCAAAAAUGUAAAAGUACUGCAUUAAUCACACGUUGUUUCUGUUUUUUUUUUUUUAAUUAAACCAUGAGUAACAAAGCUAUCUGUUUUUCCCCCUCACAUCAGAUGCUAACUAGCUGUUAGCUGUCAGUUAACUUAUGUUUCUCUUUAAAGGCCACUGGAUUAUUACUUGGUGAAUAUGUAAAAUGCAUCUGUUAGUUUAGUUGGUAGUUAUUUGUUAGUGUUUUUUAAAAAUGAAAACAAGACUGACCCAUAGCUAACAGGACUUCCGUUUUGCCCUCCUCUCUACAUGCUAAGCUAACAAGCUGCUAGCUGUCAGCUUCUGUCUCCAUUUACUGGCCACUUGAGGAUUGUUAUUUUUAGAAUAAAUUAAAUAUGUCCCUCUCUGUGUGUUCCCACUUCGGCGAGAGAGUGAAAUGGCUCUUAUCCACAAGUCACACUCCCUUCCCCAUUCGGUAGCAGCCCGCCUCCCAACCUCCCACACACGGGCCGCUGCUCCCAGCCCCGCCCCGCCUCGCCUCGCCUCCGGCUCUCCAUUUCUCGGGGGGCUGCGUGGCUUAGUCGGCGCAGCUCGUGAUGGAGCCCUACCCCGCAGCAGGUCUGCACACAACCCAGCAGACCCCGCUUCAUCUUCCCUAAAAGCGGCCCCUCCACCACAAGGACUUCUUUCAUCCAUCUUUGAGCUCCUUUUAUUUUUCUACCCGUGUUUUAAUGUUUAUGCGAGGGGGCACUACUUUACAACAUAACGGUUAUUGUUCAAUAACAAUAACCCCCCCCCCGGUUUAGCUAGGUUUUGUUUACCUGUAGCAAGGAUAAAAGGAGCUUUUUGGAGCGUAAUAGUCUUUUUUGGGGGGAGUAAUACGAGCUUUUUUAGGGGCUACUAAGAGCUUCUUGGAGGGUAAAAGGAGCUUUUGGGGUCUUUCACCAAGCCUGUGGUAGGUUCAUUCGGAGUCGGCUAUGUGUCCCCUUUGGCCCCGCCGAUGUGCUUGUCGGCGGUGAGGAGACGUGAGCACCCAAGUGAGGUGAAGCUUAUCAUGGGCUGAGUUUUUUUGUUUUUGUUUUUUUUUUGUUAUCCGCAGGACGGGCACUGGAGAAGUAUACACAUUUUCGGACUAAUUACGUUUAAUUAUCUUUUAAGUGUGGGACUAGUUAUUUUGGAGUAGCUCGCGCAGGUGCUGGGUAGCCUAGAUUAGCUCGCUCGAGACAAGUUGCAAAUUUUGUCUUUUUAAAGAAAAAAAACCCCACUGGAGUUGAGUUAUGUCGUCCACCAUUUAUACAGUUACUUUUAAAAUGAUAUUUUAACUUUUUCAAAGUUUCGUUAUAAAGUGAAGUUGAGGAGCAGUCGGUGGUUUACAGUUGAGUCUAGCCUGAUAUCAGCCUCCUCUUUUUUUUUUUUUUUUUUUUUAAUGUGCUUUUUGGGAGUAGUAGUUGUUUAUCGUGGUGACUUUAACUCUGACGCACGCGUUCACGCUCGGUGUUUAAGUUUUGGCUUUUAGUUGCAGUCUCCCUUCCCUUAAGGAGUCUCUCCCCCCCCCCCCCCCCCCCCCCCCCCCAAAAAAAAAAGUCUGACUGCCCCGCGGCCGUUCCGCGACUCUCUGUCCCAUCCUCUGCUCGGACAAUGUGGCUGUCUCGCCUGGCUCUGCUGCUCCUUCUCCGGCUGUCCGUCGCGCUGGUCAAGGGCAUCAACACUUGCGCCUUCAUCAACCUGGACGAACAGAAGUCGCGGCGCAUCGAGGCGGUGCGCGGCCAGAUCCUCAGCAAGCUGCGCAUCCAGAGCCCGCCGGACGACGACGACGAGGCGGCGGUUGCGGCGGCCGGAGGUGCGGUGCCCGCGGAGGUCAUUUUGCUGUACAACAGCACUCGGGAGCUGCUGAAGGAGAGAGCGCGACUGACGGAUUCGACGUGCGAACGAGAGAGCAGCGAGGAGGACUACUACGCUAAAGAAGUGCAGAGGAUUGACAUGCUGCCCUCGCGCACGCAAACCAACGCGGUGCAGCCACUGCCGCUGGACCCACAUUACAGAAGUGUCCAGUUUGACGUGAGCAGUGUGGACCUGACAAACAGCACGCUGGUCAAGGCUGAGUUCAGGAUCUUCCGAGCCCCCAACCCGCAGGCCCAGGCCUCCGAGCAGAGAGUGGAGAUCUAUCAGCUGCUGAAACCAGAUGAGAAGAGCACAUCCACACAGCGCUACAUUGACUCUCGCACCGUGCAGCCGCGGGCGAAGGGAGCCUGGCUCUCCGUGGACGUCACCGAAACCGUCAAGGACUGGGUGUCGGAGCCAGAGAACAAUCUGGGCUUGAAACUGGGGGUCCACUGUCCCUGCUGCACCUUUGUCCCCUCCACCAACAACAUUGUUCCCAACAAGAGUGAAGAACUGGAGGCUCUCUUUGCAGGCGUGGACGACGAACAGCUGCGACAGCUAAAGAAGCAGAGCCAGGUGAAAGGUCAGCAGGCUGAUUUCAGCAGCAAGACUCCUCACCUCAUCCUCACCCUGCUGCCCAGUGACCGGGUGGACAACCCGGCCAAGAGGAACCGCAAGAAGAGGGCGGCGGCCACCGACGCGGCCACCUGCUCGCGUGGUUCCGAGUCGGGCUGCUGCCUGCGUUCGCUCUACAUCGACUUCCGGCGCGACCUCAACUGGAAGUGGAUCCACGAGCCCAAAGGUUACAAGGCCAACUUCUGUGCCGGCAACUGUCCUUACCUCUGGAGCGCCAACAACCACUACAACAUGAUCCUGCCCCUGUACAACAAGCUGAACCCCGAAGCAUCAGCGUCGCCCUGCUGCGUCCCCCAGGACCUGGAGCCGCUCACCAUCAUGUACUUCAUCGGGCGCAGCCCCCGUGUCGAGCAGCUCUCUAACAUGGUGGUCAAGUCCUGCAAGUGUCGCUAGAGACCCCCCCCGACCCCCCGAACUCUCUAUUUGAGACUGUAAAUAAGUCCACAUGCAUACAGUGGAUCCGGAAAGUAUUCACUGCACUUCACUUUUUCCACAUUUUAUAUUUGUUUUUUUCCCCUCAUAAUUCAAAAAGUGAAGCCCUGUGAAUAAUUUACGGUUGCACUUUAUAUACAGUAAACAUGCUGUGUAUUAAACAGUACAAUACAGUA